UUUAAAAGACUGUGAUACAAAAAAUCUUUCUUUCCAUUUUUUUUUCUACAGUCAACCAUGUACACUACACCAAAACGUUUCCCCGCUCCUUGUCGGUUUUAUUCGCAAGGAAACUGUAGAGCAGGACAAGACUGUCAGUUUGCACAUAUUUUGCCUUUUCAUACUUCAAAAGUAAAACUUGGCGAACAAAACCAUAAAGAUCAUGCUAUUCAUGACUCGAAUUCAAUACAGAAAGCUAUUCGAAACUUAGAACUCGAUCAGUUGGAAAAGAAAUACUCUAGUUUUUUUCAAAGGACAUCGUAAGCAACUUCAACUUGCUUUCAUUGCAUAACAUUGUUACUUAGACAGAAAGAUCUGCAUACACUGAUCGAUCUUGUUUUACCAAUUG